GGGUCGUAGACGCAGUAUCGAGACGUGCUAAUUUCUGCGCUCAUGCCAAAGCUUACAUAUUCGCGAUGCCUUCCAGGCACUUUUCACUUCGACGAUCGAUUCGCAAAUACUCUAAGUCGUUAUCAAACGACGUAAACACCUCGCGCGAGUUUCGCCGUUUCGUCGUAAGGUGAUACUCAAAAAACUUGAGGAAAGGAAAUCAACAGUCAACUUUAAGAAGUUUCAGGAACGACAGUGCCAAAGUGCCAGAGUGUUAAAAAAAGCCCGUGUUUCAAUAAAAAUCAGCAUACCGGACACUUGAAGCGUCGAUAAAAGAAUUCGCGUGUGCAAAUUUUACCUCUAACUCUUUUCUGAUAUUUACUGGCAUACAUUAGUUUCUAUUUGAUUUUUUUUCAUGAUUUCUAUUCGAUCCUACUGUUUCUAACGAUCUGCAAAAAAAUUUGAUAAUAUUACAGACUAACUCGGUGAUAAGACUGCGAAACGAUGGGCAAAUUUACAGAUCGUGAUGUCAUGCGAAGAAAGCAUUGAGAGAUAAACCAUUGAAAAAAAAGAAGAGAAAAAUAUAUAAAAAUCCUCAUUCUCCCGGUAGCGCGUCUGAGUGUACGUCGCUUCAGUCUUCUGCUAAAAAUUCAAAAGGGGGUGAAAAUUUUCAGAGAAUAAAUUUCGCCAAGUUUCGUAAAAUACGAGAAGAAGGAAGAAGAGAGAAGACGGGCAGAGAAGAAGAAACGGAUUGAGAAAAAAAUAAAGAAGGAGGGAAAGAGGAAUCAUGGGGGUGCGGAGGGAAGGGGAAGGAAUCACUUUUUUUACAUACUGAAAACUUCACACAUUGUCGACGAGUAAACGGAAUACGAUUGUUGCGGGAAUUUCGCUAAGAAACUUUUGUAAAAGUUCGCCCUUCCACGUAUUUGCGCUUAACUGCCCUUACCCUUACAGACUUUACCUUCAAUCCACCAACGUCCAAGUGCCGCCAGUUAAUUCCAAUUGGAACAACUUCUUACUACGGAUCGUCAUAUCAGAAUGGCAAAUAACACAAUUACCGCUAUCAGUAGCAGUUGAUCAGUCGAUAUAUCAGGGCUAGAUAUACUUUGAGUAAAAAAAAAAAGAAAAAAAAAAUUGAAUUCAUCUCAAAUAUGAUUCUACGCAGUCUGGAUCCCCAUGAGCCAAUAAUUCUACAAGCACCUGGAGAACCUUCUUCCAGCACAAACGGAUUCGAACGAAGAGACAGUCACUCAGUGCCAAGAGCUAGAUCGCCGAGUUUAAAAAGACAGAGUAUUUCGUUAAAUGCAGUCUUCAAUCACAGAAGAGCUCUCUUUGGCGCUCUGUUAAACGGUAUAGGCAGCAACAUGUCACUGCCAUCGUGCGUCCCUCAGCAGGAUCAAGAACUCCCAGGACCCAUAGCAAUAGGACGCAGAGCCAUACCAAUCUCUAAUCUGACCAGGAAUAAUUCCAUACGAAGUCAUGAUCGUAAACCUCGACCAAGUAUGCUACAGUUGACUCCUGUCAAUACAGCAGCUGUACCGCUGACUACUCUUGAAACGACAAAAGUAUCAAGUCCUCCAGAUCCUCCGGUCCCAACGCAUACUCGACCCAGGCUGAAACACCAUGCAGAGCUCACAUCCAGCCUGAGCUCGCUUUAUGCAAAGCUGCUUGUGGUUGUUGGAGUAGCCGUACCUGUGACUGCCAGCGUUAGUCACAGAGUUCCUGCGGCUCUGGAUAAGGGAUUUUAUCUGUACCUGUACAUAGUAAGCGUGGGGUUUGUUAUCACCCUGUACACGACCCUGAUGCGCGAUAAGGCCGUCAAGCGACUCCUGGUGAAGCAUAUUAAAAAUAGAAAGAGCUUCAAGUUCGAAGAGGAGGAAGUACAAUCCGGUACAAUACGGGUACAACAGUACGGGAGCUUUUGCUUGCGACUCGGUGCCGUCGGCUUCGGAGCUGGCUCAUUAGUGUUUACUGGGUUACAAAUUGGGGCGGAAAUAGUAUCCGGACCAUUCAGGGCGAUUAUACCAACAGCGAGGCUACUUUUGGUCACGGCCCAAAUGCACUUCAUAUUCCUGAACAGCAAGGACUUCGAACUGGCUAAGCAUGGAGCGCUCUCGAAACUUGGUCUUAUGCACAUGAUUGCUACGAAUCUCUGCGAGUGGCUACAGGCUCUAGUGGAAGAGACUCGCCACGAGAUUGCUCAACUGGAACACUCUCACGAAGGGGACGAUGGAAUCUUUAGAACUUUACUACGCAAUGCUAGUCCAUUUCUGUUUCCAUGUACCAUUGAGUUCAGUCUUAUCUGUGCUGUGAUACUUUUUGAAAUGUGGAAGAGAGUCGACGAACGGGUUCCCAUUAACCGCGAUGUACCUACCAGAGCGUUGCAUCACCUUAGCAUUGACUGCAGUAGCGCCCAUAGGGGAUUAUUCGGUGGUAUUCUAGUGAUAGCUGGGACGGUUCUUAGUCUGAUAAUGUUUUUCGUACUAAAAGAUUCCAAACCAAUGAUGGCCGUGAAACAAGUAACGGCAUUAGAAACAGCAAUACUAAUAGCAGCUCUAAUAGCAUCGCUCAGAGCAGCCUUUAUGCUCAAAAGCUUAGAAUUAAAAGACAUAAGACCUCCUCAACUCGAUGCAACCUUAUUGGCAGCCGCGCAGGCUGGAGUAUAUCUGCAUUGUCUUUUCGGGGCUGUCGGCGGAAUCCUGACAACUGGACCAGACUGGGGACUCGCGCUGACAGCAGAUCUUCUCACUCUGAUCCAAAGCACCAUCCAAACUCUAGUCAUUAAGAUCGGCUGGAGAAGACGAUCCAGAACGAACGACAAACCUGGCAAGGAAUUGAUAACGUUUCUUAUCGUGGUGAACCUCGCUUUAUGGACCGUGAACACAUUAGAGAAAUCCCGCGCCGUAGUGCGGCCGGAUCAUCUCCAAUUCUUUGGAGUCUGGGCCUGGACCAUCAUUACCCAUGUAUCGAUACCCUUAGCAAUAUUCUUUAGAUUUCACUCAGCGAUCUGUCUCUUUGAAGUAUGGAAGAGCUGCUACAAGUACAGGCCAUCUGGACUGUUAAACACGCCGUGUUAGCCUAUCCAAAAAUGUAUCAAGUCAAAUAACAUUUUUUGUAUGUAGUAUAAAUAAAAAUUUUGCAGACAUA